GCCCCGUGCUGCGCCCCGGAGACGCCGCUCACUGCGGCCGGUACCCAGGACCCACUGAGAGACGCCUCCUAGACCUCACAUUACAAUGGAAUUUAAAAAGUCACCUGAUGGUGGCUGGGGCUGGGUGAUUGUGGCUGUCUCCUUCUUUACUCAGUUUUUGUGUUAUGGAUCGCCGUUAGCUGUUGGUGUCUUGUACAUAGAAUGGCUGGACGCCUUUGGUGAAGGAAAAGGAAAAACAGCCUGGAUUGGAUCCCUUGCAAGUGGAGUUGGCUUGCUUGCAAGUCCUGUCUGCAGCGUGUGUGUCUCAUCUUUUGGAGCGAGAGCCGUGACAAUCUUCAGUGGCUUCCUGGUGGCAGGAGGCCUGAUGUUGAGCAGUUUUGCCCCCAAUAUCUACUUUCUGUUUUUUUCCUAUGGCAUUGUUGUAGGUCUCGGAUGUGGUUUAUUAUACACUGCAACGGUGACCAUCACGUGCCAGUAUUUUGACAGCCGUCGUGGCCUUGCCCUUGGCCUGAUUUCAACAGGUUCAAGUGUUGGACUUUUUAUAUAUGCUGCUUUGCAGAGACUUUUGAUUGAGUUCUAUGGACUGGAUGGAUGCCUGCUGAUUGUGGGUGCUUUAGCUUUAAAUAUAUUAGCCUGUGGCAGUCUGAUGAGACCCCUCCAGUCCUCUGACUUCCCUUUACCUGAGAAAACAGCUCUGGAAAAUGUACCAGAUAGGUACUUGAUUUACAAAGAAAAAGACAAGGACCUCGAAGAAAACAUAAACAUGCUUGAAAAGAGCUACAGUGGGGAAGAAACAUGCAAGGGCACCUUAGCCAGUGGUGACUGGAAAUCAGAGAGUCUGCUUCAUAAAAACCCAACAACAACGACACACACACAAGAGACUGAAACGUACAAGAGGAAAGUUGCAGAACCAAAAUAUUUUUGCAAACAGCUUGCCAAGAGGAAAUGGCAGUUAUAUAAAAACUAUUGUGGGGAAACUGUGGCUCUUUUUAAAAACAAAGUAUUUUCAGCACUCUUCAUCGCCAUCUUUCUCUUUGACAUCGGAGGGUUUCCACCUUCGUUACUUAUGGAAGAUGUGGCAAGAAGUUCAAAUGUGAAAGAAGAAGAGUUUAUUAUGCCUCUUAUUUCUAUUAUUGGCAUUAUGACAGCAGUUGGUAAACUCAUUUUAGGGAUACUGGCUGACUUCAAGUGGAUUAAUACCUUAUAUCUUUAUGUAGCUACCUUAAUAGUCAUGAGCCUGGCCUUGUGUGCAAUUCCAUUUGCCAAAAGUUAUGUUACGUUGGCACUACUUUCUGGGAUCCUAGGAUUUCUUACUGGUAAUUGGUCCAUCUUUCCUUAUGUGACCACAAAGACAGUGGGAAUUGAAAAACUAGCCCAUGCCUAUGGGAUAUUAAUGUUCUUUGCUGGACUUGGAAAUAGCCUUGGACCACCAAUUGUUGGUUGGUUUUAUGACUGGACCCAGACCUAUGACAUUGCAUUUUAUUUUAGUGGCCUCUGUGUCCUGCUGGGAGGUUUUAUUCUGCUGCUGGCAGCCUUGCCUUCCUGGGAUACAUGCAAAAAGCAACUCCCCAAGCCAGCUCCAACAACCUUUUUAUACAAAGUUGCCUCUAAUUCCUCUAAUGUUUAGGAGAAUAUUGGAAGGCACUAAAGACUGUUUUCACACAGUGAAAUUUCACUGUGCCUGAUCUGAAUGACUUUUUUUUUUACACAUCCUUUAUGUACUGUAUAUGUAGACUCGAUCCCCUAUGUUUUCUCUCCCCCCUCCCCCCCUUUCCCCAAAAGUUGGACUACUCUGUUUUACUAUUAUUCAUGAGUUGUGGAUAUUGUGAACAUUUUGGCCAGCCUCAGAAGACUUUCUCUGAAAGAAACAUCAUUUCUCUGCAGACUCCAAUAGUUCCUCUGCAGGGCAGCCAGAGGAGACUCUGCUAUUUUAAAACUGAUGCAAGCAGCGUGAUGAGUUAUGUGUGAAGGCCGCCAGGGACUAAAACACUUUCUUCUCUCUGUUAGACUCUCUAGUACAUAAAAGACUUCGAGCCAGUCAGGAAAUGAAAAUGGUCCCUAAAACAGCGUUAAGAAUUGCCGUGGCACAAACUGGUCAUUUUUUAAAAACAUGAUUUUUAAAUUCCCAUCCCCUGUUUUCAUGAUUUUGUUUACCUUGAUAAAGCACCCGCAUGUUUGGUGCCCAUUGAGGACACAUCCUUUCAAUUCCUAAGGUGUUUGCUGAGAUCCAGGCAUUCUCCAAACAAAGGGGUAGUUACUGUAGCCUUUCUUCCUGGUUGGUCGCUGGAACCUCGCUCACUUUUGUCAGCAGCCGCUCAGUCAUGUUUCCCAAGAAGUGCUGACUUUACCUGUUUCCAAACUGGAAAUGCAUAUUUAAAGCAUUCCGUUCUGGCAAAUGGGAAACAUCCAUUUGCUUCAGGCACAGUGGGGAUGAAUUGCCAGUCUUUGCAUAUCUUCUCAGUGAAGCAUUUAUUUGCAACUAUCAGAUUUUACUGCUAUCCAAUUUUAAUUCAAGGGCAGAACUAAAAAGUGUGUGGGUGGUAUGUGUGUGCAUGCAUGUGAGCAUUCUGCUCUGUGUCUGUGUGCUCUAUGGAAAGGGAAAGGGGCAAUAAGAAAUUGAUACCCUCACCCAACUUUAUUCAAUCAUAAGAAAAAUAUUCUAGGAAGAAAAUCAACAUUUAAUAAAUUGACUUUUUUCUAAAGAAAUGUUUUUUUAAACUUUGCUAUGCAUCAGAGUCUUCUAUAGAUCCUUUUUAAAAUGUAGUUGUCUGAGUACCACUGGUAGAGAUUUUAAUUAUGUAGGUCUAGGCUGUGGGCUAAGCAUCUAUAUUUUUAAUGAACUCUUCAAGUGGUUCUGAGAGCACAGCCUGAAUUGAGAAUGACUUUUAUAAGACUGGCAAUAGAGAAACAUUUUUUUUCUCUUAAAAAAUAAAACCAGUCAACCAUUGAGGUGAGGGUUUUUUAAUAAACAGCCAAGUUUGAUUCUUUAAAUAAGAGGCACUCUGCCCAUUGUGCCAAAAUUGUCUUUUCAUUUCUUUUGAAAUAGGUAAGGUUAUUUUAUAUGUCUAUGUUGCCUUUCUUCGAAGGCACCUGAAGCACUUUAUAAGCUUGAAUCCCCACAAAACCUCAGUGAGGUCGGUAAAUAGUGCUUUUCUAGGCAGGAAACCUGGAGAUGUGGGGAACUUCAUACCUGAGUGAAUCCUACUCAGUAACCCAAUCAUGGGGCUCCAAAGUGCCUUGGACUUCUGCUCCAUAUUCUGACUUCUGAAAAGUUUUCUGUACCUCAUUCUUUAGUCACUGUCAGGGUAGUAAGUAAAAUAAGCAACAUUCAAAAAAAAAUUAACUGAAAUGUUUUUGUGAUAAAAAUUCUUUUUUGCCAAUAUCAUGUUCAGGAAAUCCUAUAACCUUUUUUUAUUGUUUUAAACUUUUAUGCCAUCCCCACAUUCGUUAAUGUUGAUACUUGUCCAAAUGCAUCUUCACCGUGUCUACUAAUAUCAUUCAAUGUGUGCAUUAUCCAUUGUCUUGGGAAUAAAUUUUAUUACAAUAAAAUUUUUUUUGUUUGUUUUUUUA